UCCCGGGUCUCCAGUCAGUGGGCAUCUGGUUGUUUUGCCUUCGGGAGCGGCGGCCACGGGGUUCGCAGGAAAGCGGAGCUGGGUGCGAUCUGGUCUGGCGAGGGGAGCAAGUCGGAUUCAGUUUUCCUUUGCCUGGCUGGGUUGUGAGGAAGACACGGUGUCCUACUGGUCUCCCGCUCCGAGGAGCCGCAGGCCGGGGUCCGGGGGACGCCCGCCCUGACCCUCCGCACGCCGCCUCCACCCGCAGCCAGCCCGCUGCCAUGGCCGACCACCUGAUGAUCUCCGAGGGCUACCGCCUGGUGCCGGUGCCGCCUCCCGCCGCUCCGGCACACGGGCCUCACGCGCUCCGGACUCUGCAGCCUUACGCGGGCCCGGGCCUGGACGGCGGGCUGCGGCCGAGGGGGGCUCCACUGGGGCCGCCGCCGCCCCCACCCGGGACCCUGGCGUAUGGAGCCUUUGGACCGCCGUCUUCCUUCCAGCCCUUUCCAGCAGCACCGCCUCCGGCUGCCGGCGGCGGCGCGCACCUGCAGCCGGUGGCCGCGCUGUACCCCGGGCGCGCCCCCGCUCUCCCCGGCGCCCUCGGGGGCCCCGCAGGCCUGCAGCCGGCGCCCGCCACCGCGGCCCCGCCGCCGCCCGCGCAGGCCCUGGGAGGCAUGGACGCCGAACUCAUCGACGAGGAGGCGCUGACGUCGCUGGAGCUCGAGCUCGGGCUGCACCGCGUGCUCGAGCUGCCCGAGCUCUUCCUGGGCCAGAGCGAGUUCGAUUGCUUCUCGGAGUUGGGGUCGGCGCCGCCCGCCGGCUCGGUGAGCUGCUGACCGCGCCCGAGAGGAGACGCGGGCCUGGUUGCCCGCCGGACUCUGCCCCCCAGCCGCCCGGCCCGCACGCGCCCUCCGGGAGGGCGGACACGGCGGGUUUGCCCGCGGAGCCCGGCGCCGGGCUGAGACGCCUGGCUUGCCUCCAGACCCUGCCUCCCCGCCCCGAGGACGCUCUGGCAUUUUCUCCCACCCGUGCCCCAGCGGGAAGGUGAAGGGGACUAGACCACUUUCGGACUCCGCGUUCUUGGAUUCUGCGUCCUGGCUCUUUCCUCGCCCCUUUCCCACCCCCUAAUCUGAGCCAUGGCAGGCUUCUGCCUGAUUUCCCGACUCCUCGUGCAGCUCACGACCGGGACUGGGUCCUCGGUCCCUCACUGUCGCUGGGGGAGGAAAGCUUGUACAGCCCUUAACCACCGCCGAGUGGAGCGAUGCCCCAUUUGGCCUCCCAAACCGAAAUAAACCUGGAUCCUUUUACA